CCCGGGCCAAGCUAGCUUCUUCAAUUCUCUCCCAAGCUAGCAAUGGCUGCCGACAUUCCCAAUCCCAAUGCACCGGAGAACGCCUCUCUCUGCCGCCGCCGCCGCCGAUACCCACAAGGUGCGGCGAAAUUUGUAGUGAUUGGGCACAGAGGGAACGGGAUGAACGUGGUGCAGUCGCCGGAUCGGAGGCUCAACGCCUUCAAGGAGAACUCCAUUCGCUCUUUCAACGCCGCCGCUCAUUUCUUCCCCGAUUUCAUCGAGUUUGACGUCCAGGUCACAAAAGACGACUGCCCUGUUAUCUUUCACGACGAUUUCAUUCUUUCCCAACAUCACCAGGAUGGGGUAGUGGAGAAGAAAAUCACGGAGUUGAGCUUAGCAGAAUUCCUGAGCUACGGGCCUCGAAAAGAGGGGGAGGAAGGGAAACUGAAGCCGCUGCUGAGAAAAACAAAAGACGGGAAGAUAGCGAGGUGGUCGGUGGAAAGGGACGACGCACUCUGCACUCUCCAAGAGGCACUGGAAAUGGUGAAACCCCCGAAGCUGGGCUUCAAUAUCGAGCUCAAAUUCGAGGAGCACAGGGUGUACCCGCAAGAGCAGCUGAGGCGAGUGCUGGGGGCCGUGCUCCGGGUUGUGUCCCAGCACGCCAAUGACAGGCCCAUCCUCUUCUCCACGUUCCACCCCGAUGCCGCCCUCAUGGCAAAGCAACUCCAGAGCAUGUACCCGGUGUUCUUCCUCACCAACGCCGCUGGCGGGCACAGCGACCCCAGGAGGGAGUCGCUGGAGGAGGCCGUCAAGCUGUGCCUGGAGGGGGGCCUGGAAGGGAUUGUUUGUGAAGUGAAGGGCGUGUUCAGGAAUCCUGGGCUGGUGAACCAUAUCAAGGAGUGUAACCUGUCCCUCUUCACCUACGGCACAUUGAACAACGUGGUGGAAGCCGUAUAUAUGCAACACAUCAUGGGCAUUGACGGAGUGAUCGUUGAUUUUGUGGGAGAAAUAUCGCAGGCAGUGGCAGAUAUGUUGAAGCAGCAGCUGGAUCAUCAUCAUAAUAAUGUGCGUGCGGAGAAGCCUAACUUCUCCCCCAAAGAGUUGUCUUUUUUGCUCAAGCUAAUUCCCCAACUCAUUCAACCUCCUCAUUAGAUAGGAUAGGAUUGAUUAUAGAUAGAUACAUCUAUGCACCGUUCUCCUAUCAUGUAUCUAUGAAUGCAUCCAUGGAUCUUAUGUGGACAAAAAAUAUACUACAUAGAUACAUAUACAGCCCUCUCUACGGUUC